UCCCGUCCCGCCCAGCCGCGCCGCUGCCGGGAGCCGGUGGGUCUGGGGGAGCGGCCGAGGCUGCUCCCGGAGCAGGGCCUGGACGGGGCCAGCUGAGCGCCCUCCCGAGCAACCCCCGCGGCGCCUGCUCGCGGCUCCAGGGGGAAGGGGAGGAGAAAACGCGGGUGGGGACGGGACGGGACAAACCCUGCUGACGGUGGCUGCACCCGGGCGAGCGGAGAGAAGCGGAGAAGAGAAGAGGGCUGGUGGGCACGGCUCGGCACGAUAUAAUGGCUACACCAAGUGGCAACCCUGUCCCAUCAGCACCACCUUCUUAUGACGAAGCUGUAGGAAUCAAUAUGAACUAUCCUCACCCCUAUCCCAUCCCUGGCCCUGGACAGAAGCCAGAUGGGAAGGGAAUGAACCCUCCCCCACACAUGGGACAGCCUCCACCAGCAAAUAACCCCGUUACUGUUCAGACGGUGUAUGUGCAGCAGCCAGUACUGUUUUAUGACCGCCCAGUUCAGAUGUGCUGCCCUUCCUGUAACCAGGUGAUAGUGACACGUCUCUCGUAUGACUCAGGAGCGCUGACCUGGCUGUCAUGUGGUGGACUCUGCCUGGUGGGGUGUGUAUUAGGCUGCUGCUUAAUUCCCUUCUGCAUUGAUGCCCUAAAGGAUGUGGAUCACACCUGUCCGAAAUGCAGCGCUCUUGUCGGUUCUUACAAACGUUUAUAGGCAGUGUUUAAACAUUGAUUGAUGAAGUUGUUUAGCACCUCUACAAGCCCUCUCUGAAGCUUCAUGGAGACUUCCUGUUUUUUCUGUGAAUCCUGUCACUGGAAACCAAUAAAAAGUAAUGUUUAUUGCUAGAUGGUUUGAAUAUGCAUUUGCUUGAGAGGAAUCUCACUUAGGUCUGUAAAAAGCAUACCUAAUCUGUAUGGAUCACUCAGUCCAGCACCAGUGGAGAGCAAUGGAGUGUUUCUCUUUUUGCUUUAUACAGAACAGGUUGGUGAUGUUCUUCAGUUAAUCUUGUCUCAGACAUGUUGCAUGUUGUACUUGCAUUGAGUCUGUAAAGUCUCAGCACAGAACAAGACGAGGACGUGUAUGGAGGACUAUUUAAGCUUGUGCUUCGGCAGCAGCACUCUUUACAGACUUGCACGGAGUUGCCUCAGAGACAGGUGCUCCUCUUUGAAAAAAGAAAUCGUUUGUUGUCAUCUUUUCAUGAGCACUAGAAUUCAUUUUAAAACUUUUAUAGUUGGAAGAGAACCAAACCUAGAGGCUUUUUACUUCUUGGAGGUUGCUUUUCCAAAUGGACCACUCAGGUUGUGCAAAAAUAGUGACUGAAUCUAGUAUCUGAAUUUUCUUGCCAGUUUCAAGUCUAGUCAUGUCUCUAAUCUGAAGUAAAGAUGUUCAUAUAGGAGAUAUUUGUUCAGUGGCUUUUGUUAGGCUGGAGGCUUUCCUGCUGGUGGUUGAAAGUCUGUGUAGUGUUUUCUUCACCCCAGUGGAAAUGUCCAGAGAGCUGUGGUUGGAACAUUGGAAAACUUCCUUUAUGUAAAUCAGCUCAUUGAUCAUAAACAAACCUCAGCCUUAUCUUAAGGCUUGAAUUCCACCUGAAACACAUAAAUAAAACACCUGGGCUUUUAGUUGUUGGUCUGCAUGUUAAUUAUUGUUUCUUUAUUAAGAAGGUAAAAUGUUUGUCAAGGAGUUUUUCUGAUUUUUCUAAACUAAAUGACAGAUAAGUUCUGCUUUUAGAAGCUUAAGCUGGAUAUGCUAAUUUAAGAUGAUAAUCACAAAAAAUUAGGGAAUGAGGCUCUGAAGGUUAAGGUGAUUUCUGUGUCAUAAGCAACUUGAUCAAACAACAUUUUGAUGCAUAUCACAGAAUCCAAAUCCUAACAAAAUCAGCUGGGUUGGAAAAAGCCUUUGAGAUCCUUAUGUCCAAUCUGUGUCCUAAUGCCACCUUAUCAACCAGACUGUGGUGCUGAAUACCACACCCAAUGUUUUCUUAAUACUUACAGGGACAGUGACCUCACCAUCUCCCUAGGCAGUCUUUUCCAAUGUCUGGUCACCCUUUCUGUAAAAAUCUUCUUCCUAAUGCCCAGCCUAAAUGAUACCUGUCCAGAAAAGGCAGACAGGUGUUUAAACAAGGCUGUGUUGGUAACACUGUGUUAAUAUCUGUAAAUGUAAAAAGCAAAAAUAAAUACAAAAAAAAAAAACAACUCCAUUUACUGUUCUUGCCAAAUGUGCCUUCUGCAAAUAGUUGGUAUAAGUUAGUUUUUCAGGAAUCAGUCUGCAAGUGAUUUAAGAGUUUCCUUGUGUAUUUGGAAAAGGUUUCUGGUCUACUCAUGCCGUAAGAAUGUAUGGAUGCUGAAUGCUAGAAAGCAGGCAAGUAGCACAGUGUCUGUGUGGAAUCAAAUCAUGUAACUUUCUCAGACUGGCCUGAGAAAGUGUGGCCUGAGAAAUGUAAGGAGGAAUCCAAACAGUCCUUGGAGAAGGAAGACAAUCUUUGCAGGUGUUGUUUUUUGCCUUGUUGUUUACUUGUAAGAAAUGGUCAAGGGGUGUUGUUCCUAACUGUCCAGUGAUGGUGGCAUGUUGGUUUAAUGACCAAUGAGAGUUUUACCUUUUUGGACCUUCUUGGACCUGUCUAUAAAAGAAGAUAGGGAAGAAUAAAACUUGUUCUCUUUUGCAACCAAGCCAGAGAGUCUGUGUCAUACUUUCACUGUUCCUAAUACAGUGCAACAAGAAUGUACAUCAGCAGCUACUAACUGGCAAGAGAAUGAUGGAGAUAAAAAGCUGGUAGUUUUGUAGUUUUCCAUCUUGAUGACGUGGUACCAACAAGUGCUUUUGUCUGCUGGUGCACCACCAUAGUGCUCUCCAUGUUCCUGAAGGGCUUGGGUGAUGCUGCAUUGAAUUUUCUGUUUUGGUGACAUGAACAAGUCCUGUGCCUUACUGGGAAGCAGAAUUCCCCACUGGGUGUCACAGAAAUGUGAUUCUUGACAGUUUAUUGUUAGAGCAAGACAGAAGGAAGCAAUGAAGCUCGCAGUGUUUCCAAACUUGGGAUUUGCUUGCAUGGUGGGGAGGAUUUUUAAUUAUUUUAGUACCCCAUCAGUCUGGUCUGGAUAAUCCUGCCAUAUAUUCAUUUGGUAAGUCUUCCAAUUGUUAUUUCCUUAGUUCCCCUUUUCUCUCCAAAGUGAUGGUUGGAAGAUCUGAGGUGGUAGCACCAGAAUGCAAAACACCAAAAGAAAUGUUUUGAUUUAUGUGCACAGUCCAUUGAUUCUCUUUAAGUUCCUUGUAUGGAUUGAGAAUAGGACACACAAUGUUGGCAGCUCUUCCUUCUAAUUCAGCAUUCUGCAAAGUUUUCUGCUGCCCCUUCUAUAGCUGUGUUUCCUUAAAUGCAAAGCCUGUGUUUGUUCUCGUGUGUAUGGAAUGAUCUACAGACUGUGCCAGACUAACCUGCUUUGUUAAACCUACCUUGGACAAACAAAUGCAGGAUAUAACUUGCUUUGUGUGAAAGCACUUUGUGUUUGAUUAUGUUGAAAUUACUGUUUGUUUUUAAAACUGACUCUAUUUAAAAUAAAAACGGUGUCUUUCCUAUCUA